CCAUUUGUAGCUAAUGCAUCUACUUUUGACGUUAAUUUAGUGAUAUUUCUCUCCCACUUUUAGGGUUGGACGCAUCAAAAUGCCGGCAGUAAAGGGAGAUGGCAUGCGUGGACUUGCAGUCUUUAUAUCGGAUAUUAGGAAUUGUAAAAGUAAAGAAGCAGAAAUAAAGAGAAUAAAUAAAGAAUUGGCUAAUAUUAGAUCUAAAUUUAAAGGUGAUAAAACACUAGAUGGUUAUCAGAAGAAGAAAUAUGUGUGUAAAUUAUUAUUUAUAUUUUUAUUGGGACAUGAUAUUGAUUUUGGUCACAUGGAAGCUGUUAAUCUUCUUAGUUCCAAUAAAUAUACAGAAAAACAAAUAGGUUAUUUAUUUAUCUCGGUACUAAUUAGUGCUAGUAAUGAUUUAAUGAAGUUAGUUAUACAGUGUAUUAGAAAUGAUUUAGUUAGUCGUAAUCCAAUACAUAUAACAUUAGCUCUACAGUGUGUAGCUAAUAUUGGCAGUAGAGAAAUGGCCGAAUCAUUGAGUAUAGAUAUACCUUCAUUAUUGGUUUCUGGAGAUACUAUUGAUUCUGUUAAACAGAGUGCAGCUUUAACAUUAUUAAGAUUAUUACGUACAGCACCAGAUUUACAGAUGGGAGAAUGGACAUCUAGAAUUAUACAUUUAUUAAAUGAUCAACAUAUGGGAGUAGUUACAUCUGCUGCUAGUUUAAUAGAAACUUUAGUAAAGAAAAAUCCAGAAGAAUAUAAGGGUUGUGUUUCUCUUGCUGUCUCUAGACUUAGUCGAAUAGUAACUUCAUCUUAUACUGAUUUACAAGAUUAUACUUAUUACUUUGUACCAGCACCAUGGUUAUCAGUUAAAUUACUUCGUUUAUUACAAAAUUAUCCUCCACCAGAGGAUCCAAGUGUAAGAACAAGAUUAACUGAAUGUUUAGAAACUAUAUUAAAUAAAGCACAAGAACCUCCUAAAUCUAAGAAAGUCCAACAUUCAAAUGCCAAAAAUGCUGUAUUAUUUGAAGCAAUUAAUCUUAUUAUUCAUAUGGACAGUGACCCUAAUCUUCUAGUCAGAGCAUGCAAUCAGUUGGGACAAUUUUUACAACAUAAAGAAACAAAUCUUAGGUAUCUAGCACUAGAAAGUAUGUGUUUAUUAGCAACAUCAGAAUUUUCUCAUGAGGCUGUGAAAAAACAUCAAGAUACAGUUAUAACAGCUCUAAAGACUGAGAGAGAUGUAAGUGUAAGACAGAGAGCUGUAGAUUUAUUAUAUGCUAUGUGUGAUAGAACUAAUGCUGAAGAAAUAGUAGGUGAAAUGUUGGAAUAUUUAGAAACAGCAGAUUAUUCUAUUAGAGAAGAAAUGGUAUUAAAAGUUGCUAUAUUAGCUGAGAAAUAUGCUGUAGAUUAUACGUGGUAUGUUGAUGUAAUAUUAAAUCUGAUUAGAAUAGCUGGUGAUUAUGUUAGUGAAGAGGUAUGGUAUAGAGUGAUACAGAUAGUUAUCAAUAGAGAUGAUGUACAAGGCUAUGCUGCUAAAACUGUAUUUGAAGCAUUACAAGCUCCAGCCUGUCAUGAAAAUAUGGUCAAAGUUGGUGGUUAUAUAUUGGGAGAAUUUGGUAAUCUUAUUGCUGGUGAUCCUCGAUCUAGCCCUAUUGUACAAUUUCAAUUAUUACAUUCUAAAUAUCAUCUGUGUAGUCCUUCAACUCGUGGUUUAUUAUUAUCAACUUAUAUUAAAUUUAUUAACCUGUUCCCAGAGAUUAAACCUCAAAUACAAGAUGUAUUGGGUAGUAAAAAUAACAUGAAAAAUCCAGAUGUCGAAUUACAACAAAGAUCAAUAGAAUAUUUACAACUUAGCUCUAAAGCUACAGCUGAUGUUUUAGCAACAGUAUUAGAAGAAAUGCCACCUUUCCCAGAGAGAGAAUCCUCCAUAUUAGCCAAAUUAAAGAAGAAGAAACCAUCAAGUGUCCCUGAAAAUUCUACAGAGACAACAAAGGAACCUAAAGCAAUGCCAGCUGCUCAAAUAAAUUCAGAUUCAACUGGUUCUAAUCCACAACCUUCUCUACAGAUUUCAUCACCAAGCAGUUCUGGGUCAGCUGAUUUGUUAGGAUUAGAUAUGGAUGGUACAGCACCCAGUAUUAAUGCUGGUGUUGGCGGUAUAUCUUCUGGUGGUGGUGGUGGUGAUUUAUUAGUAGAUAUACUUGGAGGACCUAUACCUUCUGUUGGUGGAGGUACAACUAAUGGCUUAGAUGCAUCAGGAUUAACAGUGGGUGCAGAGGAAAAUUUCCAGAAAUUUGUUUGUAAAGUGAAUGGAGUAUUAUUUGAAAAUGAUCUUCUACAAAUUGGAGUAAAAGCUGAAUAUCGUCAGAAUUUAGGUCGUGUUGGUCUAUUUUAUGGCAAUAAAACAUCAUUCCAAUUUACUCAGUUAACAACUAGCAUCUCAUGUCCUGGUCAACUAUCUUCUCAAAUAAGUAUCCAAGAGAAAGAGAUAGAUCCAGUGAUGGAAGGUGGGGCCCAGGUACAACAGAUGUAUAAAGUAGAAUGUAUAUCAGAAUUUACUCAAUCACCAAUAUUAAAUAUUAGUUUUACCUAUAGUGGUGCCAACCAGAAAUUACAUCUCAAAUUACCUGUAUUACUCAAUAGAUUUAUGGAACCAACUGAGAUGAACGCUGAUUCCUUCUUUACACGAUGGAAGGCUUUAUGUCAACCUGAACAAGAAUGUCAGAAAAUAUUUAAAGCAACCUCCCCUCAAGAUACAGAAGCAUCUAAAGUAAAGAUUCUUGGCUUUGGAUCAAGUGUAUUGGAGAAUGUAGAUCCUAAUCCAGAUAAUUUUGUAUCAGCUGGCAUAAUACAUACCCGUAAUGCACAAACUGGAGUAUUAAUACGUUUAGAACCUAAUAAACAAGUUCAGAUGUACAGAUUAACAGUAAGGUCAACAAAGGGUGAAGUAGCAAAAACAAUCUGUGAAUUAUUGGAAACUCAGUUUUAGAAUACUAGUAAUAAUACUAUUGAUAGAGACAACUUGUGCUUUUAAUAAUGCUGUGGACAUUUCUAAUGAUAUUAAGUUUAAAUAACUAUUAUAAGUCAAAUCAAAUUGAUGAUAAGUUUCUAAUGAAGAAAUUAUAUAAUCUUUACAUAAUAUGCUUAAUUGUAUUGAGGUGACAUGCUCAAGUAUUCCUUGUUGGUGCAGAGCCAAGGACUGACAGAAAAAGGUCUUUUUAUUUCAAAAUAGGCCAAGAUUCUGCCACAGGCUAUGCAUGUUAAAGAUCUUUCAACAAUUGGAAUUUGGAAAAUUUUCCCUCAUUACACACUGAAUUGUGUUACCAGAUCAAUGUCCACAGCAUUUAUUAUAUGGAAAAACAAUAGAUAAUUCAUAUAUACUCAUAGUAUUAUCAGUUUCACUCUUAGUAUAAUGUACACUGCACAAUCUCGUAAUCAACUUUUACAAACUUGUUGAAAUAGAUAUAUGUUAUUUAAGAUAUUAUGUGACUCUCCACUACAAAAUGACAUGAGUCAAUAUUUUAAAAAAUAGGGAGGGUUCAAUUAAAUGUUUCUUUUUCAAAAAUUUGAACCCAUUGGCUAAUUUUGUUAUGGAGAUCUUUCACAUAAAAUUUGAAAUUAAGCUUCAGAUUUGGGAAUUCAUAACAGGUUUAAUACAUAUUAUGAUAGGCUGAAUGAGUGUAUACAAUUUGUAUUAACAAUUUAAGCAUGUAAUAGAAACAAUGUGACACUGUGAUAAGUUGAAAGAAUAAAAUUACUGCUUGUUUAAGCUUUGCAGACAGCUCUUACACUACCUUGAUUUACAGUGGAUAUCUUGACCUUUACAUCCUCCACGAGGGCAGCCUAUUCAGUGUUGAUAUGCACAAUGUAAUUGGAAAUAUUUUGUUAUUUAUAUAACCAAUACUGUCAUUAACAAACAUAAGUAUACUAAAAAAAAUAAAAAAGCAUUCCUUUUUCAGUCUUUCUUAGAAUGAUGGACGCAUAUAAUACAUUGUUAGAAAUUAGUAUCGGUACUAUGAUUAUUGUCUUAGCAAACUUUACAUUAGUCAAGUUAAUAACAUGUAAAUUAGAUUAGUAAAUUGGUAACUAUUUGUAAAUGUUGGACUCUAGUGUUAAAACUGCCUUCUUUUCAAACUUUUGCUACAAAUAAUGUAAGAUAAGGUAAUGUAUAUGGGGAAGCUUAUAGCCUUAUUAAUGGCACUUUUCAAAAUAUUGAU